CUUGACGUCGCCUUGUGUUGUGGCUUAGACUUUAUUUCCUGCCACUGAGAAUAUACAAGCAAUGAGCCAGGAACUCACUCUCAGAUUUUCUACAGAGCGGCAGGGAUGGCCUAUGACUACCAGAACGAUUACCCACCCAUCCUCUUCAGUACUUUCAAACCAAUUCCUCCAAACAAGGAUGUACCCGGCAGCCACACAGCAUGCCACGGAGAGAAUAUGGACUCUUCCGUCACCAUCUCUGUGCCUAAGGAGACCUCAGGAAACACUGGAGCCACCCUAAAAGACCAAACUUAUCAAUGGUUUGAAAGGACUCAGAGGAAGAAGAUGCUGAAGAACGGUCGGUUUGCAGAUUGGUUCCAUGGAUUUAUUACACGGAACCGAGCAGAAGAGAUAUUACAAGAUAAGCAGUUGGGAUGUUUUCUUAUCCGUUUCUGUGAAAGCCGAGUGGGAUUUGUCCUGUCUUACAGGGGCACGGAGCGCUGCCGUCACUUCAUCAUCAAUCAGCUGGAAGACGAGCGGUACGUGAUAGAAGGAGAGAAGAGCGUCCACCCCAGUCUACAAGAUCUAGUCAGUCACUACUGUAGGUUUCCUGUGGAGCCUUACAAAGAGAUGCUGACGACGGCCUGUCCCACGAACCCUUUUAAACAGAAGGUCUCCAGCCUGAUGCAAGAUAGCACGCAAGAUAUGGCCGCCGGUGCUCUGAUGUAUGCCAAGAUCAGUAAACAGAACCAGGCACCACCAGACAUCACGAUUCAAUUAUCCACCUCCCCCAAAGAAACGAACAAACUAUUCUGUGACGUGAAAAUACCGGUAGAAUAUGCUUCACCCCAAUCUGUAAAGAAGGACCCAGCAUUUCCCAAGAAAGAACCCAUACCCAGUCCACAAGACCAUGACCCACUUUUAACCUAUGCACCAGUUAGGAAGCCUUCAGGAGAUGAUGAGAGGGACGUAGAUGUUGAGUCUCCAUCGUUAACGCCUACAUACAACCCUCCGGCAGAGAUCCAUACAUACGCAGAGCCAGACUUAUGGGACCGACCAAGGGUGGAGAGCCGCCAUCAUGCUACUGAGGAGUCCAUCGCCUUUUAUGCCGUAGGCCGUGGAUCUUGUAAGGACAUUUCGGAGAACGUCUACAGCGAGGUGGAUGUGAACUCCAUGUCAUGUAGCUCCAGAGCUGCUUGGAAUCGUCUUGGUGGACUUUCCACUCUUCCUAAACCUGCACCCAAAGCUGUGAAACACAAGACCACAGCUUUCCAUUCAUCCUUCCGCUCUUACAAUCCACAGGAAGAAACCAGGAGCCAGAGGAGACAUUGCUCGAGGUCUCACACAAAGCCGCAUGCUACCCUACAGCUAGAUGACCCAAUGUAUGGGGGGGGCCAUUUGCAACAUACAGGUCCAUUAGCUCCAGACGAGGAGAACAUCUACGAGAAGAUUCCGGAAAAUUGUGUCGCCCCAUUGAAGAACAAUCGCCCAGGGAAAAAAGGCAGAUGACGCGGGACAAUCUCCGGUGUUUUUUUUUUUAGAAAAAUCCCUGCUGAGAUCACUAUGAUGCCAUUAGUCUGAGUGAUGAGACACGCAUUCGGGAGAGGAUUUUUGGCUGUAACAUGGACGUUAAAAUUCGUCCACAUUACAGCUGUCAAAUGUGGCCGUACUCUGCAGGGUCGGGG